AUGGCCGCCCCAAUCCGAGCCCUCGUCACCGGAGCCGCCGGGCAGAUCGGCUACUCGUUGGUCAUCCAGAUCGCCAAUGGCAGCGUCUUCGGCAAGGACCAGCCCGUAGAGCUGGUGAUGCUCGAUGUCCCCUUCUGCGCCCAGAGCCUGGACGGCGUCAAGAUGGAGCUUCAGGACUGCGCAUUCUCCACCCUGACUGGGGUCGAAGCCGUUACGGACGAGGCCGCCGCCUUCAAGAACAUCGACUACGCCUUCUUGGUCGGAGCCAUGCCGCGCAAAGAGGGAAUGGAGCGCAAGGACCUCCUCGCCGCUAACGUCAAAAUCUUCAAGUCUCAAGGAAAGGCGCUCGCAGAGCACGCCAAGUCCACGACCAAGGUCCUUGUCGUCGGCAACCCGGCCAACACCAAUGCGUUCAUCUGCGCGAAGUAUGCCGCUCCCAAGAUCCCCGCCGAGAACUUCUCGGCCAUGACCCGCCUCGAUCACAACCGCGCCCUGGCCCAGGUCGCUGCUCGCGCCGGUGUAUCCGUUGGCUCCGUCAAGAAUGUGAUCAUCUGGGGCAACCAUUCGAGCACACAGUUCCCGGAUGUGCGACAUGCUAAGGUUCAGAAAGAUGGAAAGGAAGCUGAUGCUUACACUGCCGUCAACGACACUGCUUUCCUGCAGGGCGAAUUCAUUUCGAUCGUGCAAAAGCGUGGCGCCGCCAUCAUCGACCGCAGAAAACUCUCGUCCGCCAUGUCGGCAGCCAAAGCCGCUUGUGAUCAUAUCCGCGACUGGCAUGUUGGCACACAACAGGGCCAAUGGGUGUCGAUGGCCGUGCCCUCGGAUGGAAGCUACGGAGUGCCGGAGGGACUGAUCUUCUCCUUCCCGGUUGAGAUCUGCCCCCAGUCGAAGAAGUGGAAGAUCGUCCAGGGGCUCGAACUCGACGACUUCGCCAAGCAGAAGAUCGACGUCACCACCAAGGAACUGCUCGAGGAGCGUGACGAGGCGCUCAAGGCCUGCGAAGCCGCCAAUAUG